AUGCCGCGGCGCCUGCAGCAGCGGGGCGCGGGCGCCAAGGGGCCGCCCGCCCCGACCUCCCGGCGCUCGCCCCCCGCCUCCGCCCCCCGGAGCCCGCCGGCCAGCGCCGCCAAGCCGCUGCUGCGCUGGGACGAGGUGCCCGACGACUUCGUGGAGUGCUUCAUCCUGUCCGGCUACCGGCGGCUGCCGUGCACCGCGCAGGAGUGCCUGGCCUCGGUGCUGAAGCCCACCAACGAGACGCUCAACUUCUGGACGCACUUCAUCCCGCUGCUGCUGUUCCUCAGCAAGUUCUGCCGCCUCUUCUUCCUGGGCGGCAGCGACGUGCCCUUCCACCACCCCUGGCUGCUGCCGCUGUGGUGCUAUGCGUCGGGAGUGCUGCUGACCUUCGCCAUGAGCUGCACGGCGCACGUGUUCAGCUGCCUGUCGCUGCGCCUGCGCGCCGCCUUCUUCUACCUGGACUACGCUUCCAUCAGCUACUACGGCUUUGGCAGCACCGUGGCCUACUACUACUACCUGCUGCCCAGCCUGAGCCUGCUGGACGCCAGGGUCAUGACGCCGUACGUGCAGCAGCGCCUGGGCUGGCACGUGGACUGCACCCGCCUCAUCGCGGCCUACCGCGCGCUCGUGCUGCCCGUGGCCUUCGUGCUGGCCGUGGCCUGCACCGUGGCCUGCUGCAAGAGCCGCACUGACUGGUGCUCCUACCCGUUCGCCCUGCGCACCUUCGUCUUCGUCAUGCCGCUCAGCAUGGCCUGCCCCAUCAUGCUGGAGAGCUGGCUCUUCGACCUGCGAGGCGAGAACCCCACGCUCUUCGUGCACUUCUACCGCCGCUACUUCUGGCUGGUGGUGGCUGCCUUCUUCAACGUGAGCAAGAUCCCUGAGCGCAUCCAGCCGGGUCUCUUCGACAUCAUCGGCCACAGCCACCAGCUCUUCCACAUCUUCACCUUCCUCAGCAUCUACGACCAGGUGUACUACGUGGAAGAGGGCCUGCGCCAGUUCCUCCAGGCAUCCCCUGCAGCGCCCACCUUCUCCGGUACCGUAGGCUACAUGCUGCUGCUGGUCGUUUGCCUGGGCCUGGUCAUCCGGAAGUUCCUCAACAACUCCGAAUUCUGCAGUAAAAAGUGAGCCUCCACCCAAGAGGAGGCUAUGGUUUGCCCACCUGUUUGCGUGGAGUUUCUGUUGUUCCCUGUUGGUUUGUUUUCAAGUUUUGUUGUUUCCUUCUUUGCUAGAGGAGGGUGCUGCAGACCACGAGGAAAAGGUCUGCUGCUAGUUGGGGGAUCCCAGUCCACUGGCCUUUGGAAGAGGGAAAUAGGGAUGAAGUAGAAGGAAGAGAGGGCCUCUGGGAAGGAAAGUUAGGUAUUGUCUACGAUAUCCAGGGAUUUUGCAAAGACAAUGAAGAAAAUCACAGAUAGAGUCCCAAGCAGUUGGCUUUUUUUUUAAACAGUCUUCUGUGUCCCUUAGGGAAGGCAGGUAUGCAGUAAAGAGGAUAAACACAGAUCCCUGGCUGCUGCCACUGCGGUCCAGAAAUGCUUGGAUUUGUCAAAAGAAUGGACCUUUCUUGGUUGGGAAAUGGGCACAAAGACACAAACCCAGGGCUUAACCCGCUAGACAAUGCAUGGAAUGUGAACACAAGUUAAUUAUUUCAAAAUGUUUAUCAGAUGUUAUUUAAAUGAUAAUAUAUAUAUAUACAAUGAUUUUUUUUUCAUAAUUUAUCAAAGCCCGUGAGAUGCCCUUGAGCCUUCUUUGUCACACAGUUCUGAUUUUGCUGCCUUCUGCAUCACGCUCGUGAACUGGACGUUAGGACAAGCUAGCUGCUUGAGAGUUCUCGACUACAUUUUUAAACAGUGUUUUCUGAAGGCCUGUGAGUGUCAUGAUAAAACUGAAUGACUGCUUAGGGACCCUGAUUAGACUAUUGGUGAGUUCCGGUGGUUUGUAGAGGUCUCCAGUUCCUACUUACUUUCAUGUAUUCCACAAAACCCACCCUGGGUUUUUUGUUUGUUUGUUUUCUUUUUAAUCUGAUUCUUUCCUCUUUACUUAUUUAAGUUGCCACUAAAAUAAAUGUGCCUUUUGAAGCAAAUGCCCAAAUGACUGGUCCUCAGACACCGCCUCUUGUGCUGGGAGAAGAGAGUCUUCUUCCUCUGCUUUUCUGCAAAUCAUGGUUGGACAGAAGGGAAGGAAGAUGGGCUUGGUUUUAGGUUGAUAGUGGGACCAGAAAUAGUUUAGAGGUGUACAGAGCACAUGGCUUCUGCCAGGGUCAGCCCUUUAAUGUGGCUGAGGUUCCUAGUGCAUCCACAAGGGGUGGGAGAGAGGAUGGCGAUGCAUGGAUCCUUGCUGAAAAUUUAAAAGGCAACCAGGAUCACGUGAGACAGUUCUAUUAUGAAAAUUAGGAGCAUGUUACUUAUUACUGAAAUUUUUGAGUUAAGACUACAAUUGUUCAGUUAACACCAGAGUCUCAUUUGAAUCCAGACUAUGGGAACGAUUGGCAGUCACCUCGAAAGAUUAGGAGCAUGCCCCCAGACUCUUUCAGUGACCCUAUUGGCCAGUUGUUAGAUGUUUCUUAUAAAUGUCAACCUGUCAUUAAAAACGGCAACUCUUCAUCACAAACCACCGAGGUAGUAUAUUUAAAUAUACCUCAUACUUCUUGGUAAGUCCUUCUGGCUAAGAGCCAACCACGUUGGUGAAAGGGGAGUCUUGGUUUCAUGGUGUAAUUUAAGGCAAGCGCAUAGGGUACGUGGCCAGUUACCUCAGUACUGGUAGGAUGGUGCUCCUGGAAAGAGAGCCGUUUCGUUUUUGUUCUUAAUUGCUACUGUAUUUGUAAAUAGAGAAUCUUGGCACAAUUCCCUGGAGGAACCAAUGCCCUGUGUGUGUUCACUUGCACACUGAAGUUAAAUUCCUGUGUGUGUGUUGAAUUUAAGGCUUCUUAAUGGGAUUUAAAAUACAUUUGCACAACCUCUGA